AUGGGUUCUUCUUAUAAAUCAUGUCAAGACCGGACAGGGAGUGGAGGUAGCUCAAGCUCGACAGACACAGAUGGUUCUAUCGAAACAAAAAGUACAACACCAACGCUGUUUAGUGCUGGAACAGUCUCAGCGAAGCACCGUCCCCGGCACGAAGAAUUUAAAGAUGAUGGACCUCGUGAUUCAGUCUCAACUUACGCAUCGACGACCCGAUCCGCGGCUGACAUCCCCCCGGAAGAGCCAAUGUAUGAAGUUGACGACCGCCAAGAAAGCUUCUUUCCAACUGAUGCGCUCUCCUCAACACCUUCCUCCUUUGCGACAUUAUUCCCCUCAACACGAAGAUUACUCAUCCGACAUGACGAUGCAACGAUUGACGGGAACAUGAACUUACGUGUAGACACGGUUGUCCCCCGUCGUGGUGGAUACCAACAAGACGUGAUCCUCUUUCAUCUUCGCAUGUAUGAUCUCUUCUCAAGGAAAUUCUCCUUCCGCCGCUAUUGCCGUGACUCGGGCCGAGAAGUAUGUCACUCAAUCCGGAAAGAAGCGACCUCUGUCCUCCACAGCGCUUCAGGACAACGACGCCGCUCAUUGGGUAGCGUACUAGCCAGCUUUCGACCCGGAUCGAGUGGACAGCCAGCGCCAAUUGCGGGCGAUCUCAAGCGCCAAAAUUCAGGAUUUGAGAAACAACAUCACCGUUCCACGAGUGAUGAAGUAGGAUCGAACAGUGAGAAGGGACCGGCGCUCGGUGAUACCAUUUUGAUGGAAUUCUCCAACUAUGCUCACGUGGAACUUCGACGAAAAGGCUCUGGUGCGGCAAAACGGUACGAAUAUGAAUAUUGGUCCACGAAAUACCAGUGGCGACGCGAGUUCCGGAAAGAGGGUGAUCUGCGUGAAGUGUCGUACUAUCUCGUGAAUACACGUACAUCCAACACAAUCGCCCACAUGGUCCCGGAGAUCAUGACACCCCUGGAAGCGGUCGAGGAGGAAAGUAAAGGUGGCUGGAUACCACCGUGUUCAUUGUGGAUCAGCGACACAUCCGUUUAUGAAAGGAUGCCUGACAUUGCCGACGUCAUUGUCGCAACAGGACUAGUGGCUCUCGUGGACGAUUGUAUUCGCCGCCGUUGGCAUCACGAGCGUCGCGUUCCAUGGAUCCUCCCCGCACGAUCCUCGCUCACUAAAAGUCUGGAACGCAUGGGCCCACGUCGAUUGAUCGGCGAGGUCCUCCAACGACGGGGAUCAGCCUAGAUUAGACGGGGAUUGGCGAUCAAAUUCGACAGAAACAGGUACAGUACAUAUAAGAUGCAUGAAUCAUGAGACACCCAUGAGCUGUGAGCUAUGAGCUGGCUUUUGCCAUGGAUGGUACUUUUAUUUUUCUUCAUUAAGAAAUCUUUUUUUUUUCUCUUCACCUGAUCUGCAUCUGGUCUAGAUGCAUUUACGAUGUUUAUGACAGGGUCAUGAUGA